AUGAAGGUCUUAGGAAUCGUGCUCCUGUCCCUGUCGCUCCUGGCCUUGGCUGCCGGAGGAGUGGAGAGCACCAUGGUUAUCAACGAAAUCGACGUCUCCAGCUCUGGCGGCCAGUACUACGAGUUCGUGGAGCUCUACAACGCCGGUCCCUCGACGAUCAACCUCCUGAACUACAAGUUGGAGGUCUGGUUCGACGAUGGUGAGGGCAGCUACUUCCUCGACGAACAGGCCACGAAGCUUCUCCUUGACUUCAACGUGACGGCCGGUGGCUACUACGUCAUGUGCGUCGUGCCCGGCCUCAUCCCCGGCUGCGUGCAGGAGCUUCACGACUACGAGCAGGGCUGGCUUCCCGACAACGGCGCCUACCUGGUGCUUUUCGAUCCCGAGGGAAACCAGCUCGAUCUCGUCGGCUACGCCCAGGGUAGCCCCGUGGGGGAGUCGUGCGAGACCGCCCCGGCCCUUAGCGAUGAUUCCGUCCAGGCCAGUCAGACGAUCGCGCGCUACCCCAACGGCCAGGACACUAACGACAACUCGGUCGAUUUCGCCGCCGGUUGUGCCACACCCGCCUCCGCCAACGUCCUCAUCGCAGACAUCGAAAUCUGCUUCACCACCACGCUGAGCGAUAUCGUGAUCAACGAGAUCGAUUACACCCAGCCCGGCAGCGACAACAAGGAGUUCAUCGAGCUUCACAACCGCGCCAACUACGAUCAGACCAGCAGCAACAUCGCCAGCUACGUUCUGAACAUCAUCGACGACACCAACGCCACCGUCCUGACUACGGCCCUCUCCGCGGCCGGUUACCAGCCCAACAUCCCCGUGCACGGCUACUGGAUCCUCUGCGUCGCUGGUUCGGCCGACUUCUGUACCGGUCCCGGCGCCCGCCCGGUCGGCGAGGCCAUCUUCGAGCUUCCCUCCGCCAUCGACUGGCUGCCCAACCCGGGCGGUGAGAGCUCCAGCUACUCCAUCCAGCUGGUCGGUCCCGGAGGCAUCCUCGACGUGCUAACCUACGGUGGCACCCAGCCCGGCGUCACUCUCGGCACCGGCGUCGAUGACAUCGAUCGCGCGAACGAGGGUCGCUUCGGCGUAUCCCGCUACCCCGACUCCUGGGACACUGCCAACAACGCUGAGAACUUCCGCGCCACGUGCAUCACCCCCAAUGACAUCAACACGGUAACCAACGUGAACUGCGACCCGGCCAACUCGCCCUCGCCGUCGCCCACCAACUCGCCGUCGCCCUCGCAGACCCCGACCAACUCGCCCACUCAGAGCCCCACCAUGUCGCCGACGCAGAGCCCCACCAGGUCGCCGACGCCCUCGGUCAGCCUGAGCCCCACCACCACGCCGUCGCCGUCUCCCGUCCGCAACGCCAUCCCGUCGGCCCUGGCCCUGUGCGAGAAGGAGAAGAUCGACGACGCCGAGGAGGAAGCCCGCCUCCUGGCCCAGCGCAAGAAGUUCUGCCGCCAAUACGUGCCUGAGUCCGAGACCAAGCGCGACAACGAGCGCGAGGCCAUGGAAGCCGCCUACGAGGAGGCCGCCCAGUGCUGGUACGACAAGGCUGCCGAGUGCCCGGUCGAGCGCAGGUCCGAGGCCAGGUUCAUGGCCAAGGAGCUCAAGGUCACCCUCCAGCUCCACAACAAGGAGAUCGACUCCAUCCCCAAGCCCAAGCGCGGCCUUGCCCGUGCGGACAAGGACGACGAGGUCGACGUUGAGGGCGGCAAGGCCAAGAGGUGGGACAUCCUCUGGGACCCGCUCACGGAGCCCUACCCCGAGGACCUCGAGUACUCACUCGAGUACUGCGAGAAGAAGCGCGAGUACAUCCGCUUCUACCACAAGGCCCUCCGCUACAAGAUCAUCGCCUGCAAUGAGACCAGGGCCUACUACGACUGCCAGCGCGACGCGUACACCCGCUUCAAGGACACCUACGAGGCCUCCAACGCUGACUGCAGCGAGUUCUCGUGCGAACUCUAA